CAGAUGCUCGGUGUUGCAUGCGACAACGCGUCACCAAACGAUGUCAUGGUCGACAUCCUCGGGGACCAUCUUGACGCGUUCGAGGGUAGCCUUGGGCGUGUCCGUUGCUUUGCGCAUGUAAUCAAUCUCGUUGUCAAGACGCUCCUACGCCAGUUUGACGUACCUGCGAAGGCGAAGGCGCAAGGUGCAGCGGACGCGGAGGAUGACGAG